CAUCUAACAAUCCAACCUUCUCUGCUACAAAGAAAAGACCUUAAACUUCUCAUAUCAAGAAUUAAAAAAAUGGCGUUCAACACGAAGCUUCUUUUGGCCAUCUGCUGUGUCGCAUUGGUCUUCACCCUUGUCUCUGCAAACAUUUCCAAAGCAGAUAUUGAUGGCUUCAUCGAAGAGCACAACAAGGCUCGUAAAGAGGUUGGCAACAAACCCCUUAAGUGGAACACGACCUUGGCCCAGUAUGCUCAAGAAUAUGCCAACAAAAGAAUUGACGACUGCGCCAUGGAGCACUCAAGGGGGCGUUGGGGUGAGAACUUGACCUCCGGCCACAGCAUGACCGGCGCAGCUGCCACUAAGUAUUGGCUCACCGAGAAAGAGUUCUAUGACUACAAGUCCAACAAAUGCGUCAAAGACGAAUGUGGUCACUACCUUGCUGUGGUCUGGGGCAAAACCACCGAGGUCGGAUGUGGCAUUUCAAAGUGCAAGAAUGGGGUGAACUACGUGGUUUGCAGCUAUGAUCCCAUGUACCAACCUGAGGACGAGCGCCCCUACUAGACAAUGUAUGUAUGCUUGCGUGCGCACACGCACACCUACACAAGGCCUGUUGAGAGGUCCAGUGUUUUUUUCCUUUUGCAAAAUUAGAAAAAUAAAAUGUAACGGGUGUAUACAAAUACUUUCCCACCCUCACAACAUUCAUUUACGUGAUUAGCAUUUGACAUGGUAUUGUGAGAGGUUACAAGAGAAUGAAUAAAAAAUUGAAAAAGAAUAAUGUUAUUUCAUUUUUGUAAA